AUGUGCGCCCUCAUGAAGACCGUAUUGGCGCUGCCGGUUCUGGGCCUCGUCUCGAUCCCGCUGCUUCUCUCCGCCUGGGUGACCAUCUCCUUUGCCCUGCUCACCCUAUGUAUUCGCCUGAGCAUCGUGUACGUCGAGCUGGUCUUAGCACUGCUAGUCAAUUUCUUCACGCUCCCGGUAUCAUCCACCUCUUUUUUAACCUUUGCACCAUCCGAGCCCCCAUCGCCAAUCGCCUCGAGAAGGAACUCGGGUUAUGGCCCUCUCCAGGCUUACAGAAGCAAUGACUCUGUCUUCACGUUGGGGCUAAGCACCCACGAUGAGCAUUCAAAGCCCAGGCAGAAGAAAUACGCACGCAGCAUGGUCGAGGCACAUGUGCCUACGACCCCGUUUAUCGACGACAGUCGAGAUUUCGAAGGCGUCGGCGGCUGGCGCUCAUAUCACGACUCCAAGCGGCGUGGAUCUCAUACCAACGAGAAACCACUGAGUUCACACUCAUCCUCAGCGCCGAGUAUCGUAGGUGAAGUCGACAUCGACGACGACAUCGACGACGACGAGCGCGCAUGGCUAUCACUGAACUAUCUACUCGAACUACCAUCGCAAGUCAUCUCUCUGGGGUCUACUACGGGGUCGACUGCGCAUAGUCCUGUCCUCAGUCCGCGCAGCGUGAACAAUUUCCAUGCCUUCAUGCCUGCUUCGUCGAGAUCCUACCAUGAAGAGCAUCCUGAACAGAGACAUCAUCACCGUUCACAUACGACCUCUUCCUUGACUACAUCUCAUCGCCGCACUGGAAACGGCCUUUCUCUCGCCUUUUCAACACGACAAGAUCAGCCUCGAGAUUCUGGACACUCCGUAUCACCGUCUGCGUCACGCGUUGCUCCUUUCAUGACACCGCAGCCUUACUCGCAGCAGAUGCGGCCAUUUACUCGACCGCCGGGCAGUAGUAGCCAUGGACAUGGAUCCUCAUCUAGAGAUGGGCAUAUGUCUGGCUCCGCAGAUAACAUAUUAGGAAUCGGUGGUGGAUACUUCGCCAUCCCGCGCCCUGGAUCAUGGUACAUGCCCUCAUUUUCAAGCAGGGGAAGCCCCAAUGCGAGUGGGUACACGACCCCGGGCACUGGAUUACCAAGUGAAGACCGUGAUGCGUCGAUGCAUUUGACUCGCCUGAUGGCGCACUAUCCUACCAGCGUGAGACACAGGAGGCGAAGCAUCUCAGGGCCUCAUUCGAGGGCGGGACUUGGAGAACGAGGAUGA